GAUAAACGCACAUUAUGCGUAUAUAAAGUCAGUAAGUGUCAGAAAAUCGGUGAGCCAGUCGUUCGUAGUUAGUUUCUUCUUUCUACAAGUAAGUCAACAUGAAAAUCAUUAUCUGCUUGGCUCUGGUAGUGGCGUCUCACGCUCUACCCAGCGCAGAAGUCUACCCUGUAUCCGAUGAGGUCAUCAACAAGAUCAACAGCAUGCAGUCCACUUGGACCGCUGGCAGGAAUUUUCCUGUCGACACGACCAUGGACCAAUUACGAAAAUUAGCUGGUACUCGUUUUAGGUCAAUGAAGACGCUGCCUACCAAAAUUCACGAUGUCAGUCUAGAAGACACCAUCCCAGAGUUUUUCGACGCUCGUGAGGAAUGGCCUGACUGUCCUUCUAUUGUAGAAAUCUGGGAUCAGGGUUCUUGCGCAUCUUGCUGGGCCGUCGCUGCAGUUGGAGCUAUGGCUGACAGAAUCUGUAUCCAUUCUAAUGGCGAAAAGAAGGUAAAAGUCUCAGCACAGGACUUACUAACUUGCUGUACGGGUUCACAAGGUUGUGAUGGAGGAUGGAUGGAUGUUGCUUGGAAAUACUGGAUAGAUAACGGCAUCGUCAGUGGUGGACUGUAUGGAGAAACAGAUGGUUGCAGAGCCUAUUCUGUGGAACCUUGUAACCACCACAUCAAUGGUUCCAAACAAACAACCUGUGAAACAUAUGGCCCAACACCAGCUUGUGUCAAACAGUGUGACUCCAGUUCACUCAGUUACGAAAACGAGCUUACUUUCGGUAGAGAAGACGUCGUUUACACGAUUUCUACAGAUGAGACCCAAAUCCAACUGGAAAUCAUGAAAAAUGGUCCUGUGGAAGCCGGAUUCUUUAUGUACUCUGACUUUUACACCUACAAGAGCGGUGUGUAUCAGCCGACAGAUGGAUUCUUUACAGGAGGACAUGCCAUCAAAAUAAUAGGCUGGGGUGAGGAGAACGGUACUCCCUACUGGCUAGGUGUUAACUCAUUCAACGAUGAAUGGGGCGAAAAUGGAUUCUUCAAGAUUAGUCGUGAAGACAAACGUGUUCGGAUGCUUGAAGUUUACGGCGGUUUACCAAAAUUGUAAAGAUGUUAGAAGUUAUCGUCUAAUUUUAGUGUAUUGCAGAAAUAUAUUAUUACAAGCAUUAACAAA